AGAAGAAGAAGAAGACGGUUAGCGUGUCAGUGUCAGGUGAUUAAGGACUGUUCGCUGGAUUUAAUGAAAUACAGACUUCAAAUUUCUCCUGCUCCUGUUGUUGAAUUUCCUGCCCUUUAAAAUUUUGCUUUACUUAUACACACGAUCAGAGGACAGUGAACGAGGGGAAGAACAUGGCAUCUAGAGAAAUCUCCAAUACUCAGCCAUCAUCCUCUCCCACACCUUGUGGACAAAAGCAGAAGAGUUUAAAGGGGAAGAAAUCUUACCCGUGUUCAGACUGUGGGAAGAGUUUUACUUUAUUGGGUAAUCUCAAAACACACCAGCGCAUUCACACUGGAGAGAAACCGUAUCACUGUUCAGACUGUGGGAAGAGUUUUACUCUUUCGAGUCAUCUCAAAGGACACCAGCGCAUUCACACUGGAGAGAAACCGUAUCACUGUUCAGACUGUGGUAGGAGUUUUAGUCAUUGGAAUAGUCUACAAGUGCACCAUCGCAUUCACACUGGAGAGAAGCCUUAUCACUGUUUAGAUUGUGGGAAGAGUUUCAAUCAACAGAGUCAUCUACAACGACACCAGCUCAUUCACACAGGAGAGAAACCGUAUCACUGUUCAGACUGUGGGAAGAGUUUUACUUAUCAGGAUGCACUCCAACAACACCGGCGCAUUCACACUGGAGAGAAACCAUAUUACUGCUCAGAGUGUGGGAAGAGUUUUAAACGACGGAAUGGUCUACACCUGCACCAGCGCGUUCACACUGGAGUGAAACCAUAUCACUGCUCAGACUGUGGGCAGACUUUCAGUCAACCGAGUAAUCUCCAACAACACCGGCGCAUUCACACUGGAGAGAAACCGUAUCACUGCUCAGACUGUGGGAAACGUUUUAAUCAACAGAGUCAUCUACAAACACACCAGCUCAUUCACACAGGACAGAAACCGUAUCACUGUUCAGACUGUGGGAAGAGUUUUACUCUUUCGAGCCAUCUCAAAAGACACCAGCGCAUUCACACUGGAGAGAAACCGUAUCACUGUUCAGACUGUGGUAGGAGUUUUAGUAAUUGGAGUAGUCUACAACUGCACCAUCGCAUUCACACUGGAGAGAAACCGUAUCACUGCUCAGACUGUGGUAGGAGUUUUAGUAAUUGGAAUAGUCUACAACUGCACCAUCGCAUUCACACUGGAGAGAAGCCGUAUCACUGUUCAGACUGUGGGAAGAGUUUCAAUCAACAGAGUAAUCUACAACAACACCAGCGCAUUCACACAGGAGAAAAACCGUAUUACUGUUCAGACUGUGGGAAACAUUUUAAUCAACAGAGUCAUCUAAAACGACACCAGUGCAUUCACACUGAAGAGAAACUGUAACACUGUUCAGACUGUGGGCAGAGUUUUCAACUUUUAUUUUAGACUAUUGAAGAAAAAUCAGUAUUUAAGUAGCAUAUAUCUAGUUUGAUGUUAAAUCUUUUUUUUAUUCAGUAAUAUUUUGUACGCUGGUUUGUACAUGUGGAAAGCUGUUACACCUUUGACUCGAAAACCUUUUUAGAGAAAGGAACCCCCAUGUUCAGCUGGGGAAAGCUGUGAACGGAAGCCCAAACGCAGCCAUAUAUUCUCUAUUCCCUUUUUGACUGGCAACCAGCAUUUUAUCUUAGCUUAGCUGAGCAUGGGAUGGAGUCCACAGGGUGGGACUUAUUUAUUGACCUUUUCUGAACCAAGUGUUAAACUUCGCCUUUUCCAAAACAUAAGAGUCAUUCUAGUUUUAAACUCUGUUUAUUUAUUUUUCCUGUAUAUUUGCAUCCUUAAAAUUCUAGAAUAUUGUCUUGAAUAAAAUAUAAAAAGCUA